ACCGCGGUUAGCCCCGCCCCCGGGUCUGGCCUGGCAGCCCGGUGACGACAUCCGAGUGAGUGGAGUAGAGAGUCCCCGGACUGGAGAGCGCCGGCCCCGGGAGAGACAUGCGGACUGUGGGGCUGCUGCUCGUCCUGCUCCAGCUGUCCGUGCCGCCGCCACUGCACGCCAAGGAGUGUGAGAAGCCGUGUGUGAACGGAGUCUGCCAGAGCAGCAGCGGACAGUGCCUGUGUGAUCCCGGCUGGACCGGAGAACAGUGCCAGCACUGCGGGGGCCGCUUCAUGCAGGUGAGGGGACCUCCGUCCACCAUUACAGAUGGGCCCUGGAAUUACAAGUAUAAGACCAAAUGCACGUGGCUCAUUGACGGAGGAAACAACACACUGCUACGUCUGCGCUUCAACCACUUUGCCACAGAGUGCAGCUGGGAUCAUCUAUACGUCUACGAUGGAGACUCCAUAUACGCCCCCCUGGUGGCUGCAUUCAGUGGACUCAUUGUUCCAGAGAGUGACAGCAACGAGACGGUCCCGGAAGUGGUUACCAAUGGAUUUGCUCUCUUACAUUUCUUCAGUGACGCGGCCUACAACCUGACGGGCUUUCAUAUCAGCUACAGCAUAGACACGUGUCCCAACAACUGCUCAGGACGGGGGAUCUGCAUUCAGGGGAACGACAGCAACGUGUACUGCGACUGCUUCGAGCAAUGGAAGGGGGAGUCCUGUGAGAUCCCCUACUGCAGGGACGACUGUGGAUACCCCGAGCGCGGAGUCUGCAAUGUGAACGGCACCAAGAGCUGCACCUGUAAUGACGGCUGGCAGGGUCCUGGCUGCUCCAUCCCAGUCCCGGCCAACCAGUCCUACUGGAUUCGAGAAGAGUUCUCCGACCCCCAGAAGACGGGCAGAGCCUCCCACAAGGCGGUGGUGCUGGAUGACGUCAUGUGGAUAGUGGGCGGCUACAUGUUCAACCGCUCCAAUGACCAGAUGGUUAAAGCGUAUAACUUGGUCUCUCACGAGUGGCUCGAGCUGAACAGUUCGGUGAACUCUGUCGCCGUCCGCUACGGACACUCCCUGGCUUUAUACAAGGACAAGAUGUACAUGUAUGGCGGUAAGAUAGACUCCACAGGGAAUGUCUCCAACCAGCUAUGGGUGUUCCAUGUUCAAAACCAGUCCUGGGUCCAGCUCUUGCCGAACGUCAAGGAGCAGUACGCUGUGGUCGGGCACUCCGCUCACAUAGUCACUCUGAGCAGCGGGAGCACCGUCAUGCUGGUAUUUUCUGGCCAUUGCCCCCUCUACGGCUACAUCAGCAGCGUCCAGAGAUAUAACUUGGACACCAAUGUUUGGGAUAUCGUUGAGACUCAAGGAGCUUUAGUCCAGGGGGGAUACGGCCACAGCAGUGCAUAUGAUGAAAACACCCGGUCCAUCUAUAUCCAUGGCGGAUACAAGGCCUUCACCGCUAACAAAUAUCGCCUCGCUGAUGACCUGUACAAGUAUGAGGUCGACACAGGCAUGUGGAGAAUCCUAAAAGACAGCAAGUUUUUCCGCUACCUGCACACGGCGGUGAUUGUCAGCGGCACCAUGCUGGUGUUUGGAGGGAACACCCACAAUGACACAUCCAUGAGCUAUGGAGCCAAGUGUUUCUCUAAGGACUUCAUGGCGUAUGACAUCGCAUGUGACAACUGGUAUGUUCUGCCACCUCCCACCCUGGAGUAUGAUGUCAAUCGCUUUGGUCACACCGCCAUCCUUACAAAUAGCACAAUGUAUGUGUUUGGCGGCUUUAACAGCCUCCUGCUGAGCGACAUCCUGGUGUACACCUCGAAGAGUUGUGAGGCCUUUACUACCAACGCGUCGUGUGUGGCAGCAGGACCUGGAGUGCGAUGUGUCUGGGACAGAGGAGCAUCCCAGUGUUUAUCCUGGGAACAGGCCACUCCAAAGCAGCAAAAUGAGAGCAUCCUCGCGUGUCCUGUAGUAAUGUUUUCAGACAGUGAAAGCCGGUGUGAUCACUACACGGACUGCUUCAGCUGUACGGUGAACUCCAAUGGCUGCCGGUGGUGUAAUGACCAGUGUAUAUCCCUCCACCAGAACUGCAGUCAGGGAGCGGUCACAUUAUAUGAACAGUGUCCGAAGAAUAACUACGGGUUUUACUGCAACAAGAAGACGAGCUGUAAAAGCUGCGCCAUGGACCAGAACUGUCAGUGGGAACCUCGCAACCAGGAGUGUAUCGGCCUGUCAGAAAACAUCUGCGGUGCCAACUGGCAUCUGGUGGAAAGCUCCUGCCUGAGAAUCACAAACACCAAAGAGAACUAUGACUAUUCCAAGCUGGCGUGUCGCAACCACAACGCCAUGCUGGCCUCUCUCACCACCCCCAAGAAGGUGGAGUUUGUGGUGAAGCAGCUGCAGAACAUGCAGGUAAAGAGCGAGCUCACCCCUUGGGUUGGUUUACGAAAGAUCAAUGUUUCUUACUGGUGCUGGGAAGACAUGUCACCGUUUACUAACACCACCCUGCAGUGGCAGCCGGGGGAGCCCAGCGAUGCCGGUUUCUGUGGUUAUCUGGCUGAACCUUCCACAUUGGGCCUAAAAGCGGCAACCUGCAUCCACCAGAUAAAUGGCAGCGUCUGUGAAAAACCAGCCAAUCACAGCGCCAAGCAGUGCCGAACCCCGUGUGCCUCCAGGACGCAAUGUUCAGAGUGCACCAGUGCCAGCUCUGAGUGCAUGUGGUGCAGCAACAUGAAGCAGUGUGUGGACUCCAACGCCUAUGUGGCUUCCUUCCCUUAUGGGCAGUGUAUGGAGUGGUAUACCAUGAGCAACUGUCCGCCGGAGAAUUGUUCAGGAUAUCGUACUUGUGCCCAGUGCCUGGAGCAGCCUGGAUGUGGCUGGUGCACAGACCCCAGUAAUACAGGGAAGGGGCAGUGUAUAGAGGCUUCGUACCAGGGACCGAUGAAGUUUCCAAAUGCUUCUGGGAUUGCAAAGCCAAACUCUGAACCCAUCUUGGAUCUCGGGCUGUGCCCUCAAAAUAACAAUUACAACUGGUCCUUCAUCCAGUGUCCAGCCUGCCAGUGUAAUGGACACAGCAAAUGCAUCAACGAAAGUACCUGUGAGAAGUGUCAAGACCUGACCACCGGCAAGAACUGCGACACCUGUAUCUCCGGCUACUACGGGGACCCGACCAACGGGGGAUCCUGCCAGCCCUGCAAAUGUAAUGGACACGCCUCGAUGUGCAACACGAACAGCGGCAAGUGCUUUUGUACCACCAAGGGGAUUAAAGGAGAAGAGUGUCAGCUGUGCGAAGUUGAAAAUCGAUAUCAGGGGAACCCGCUGAAAGGAACAUGUUACUAUACCCUGCUGAUCGACUACCAGUUCACCUUCAGCCUGUCGCAAGAGGACGACCGAUACUACACCGCCAUCAACUUUGUGGCCACCCCCGAGGAGCAAAACAGAGACCUGGACAUGUUCAUCAAUGCAUCCAAGAACUUCAACCUGAAUAUAACGUGGGCACCAAGCUUUGCAGCGGGCACCCAGGCGGGAGAAGAAAUUCCCAUCAUCUCCAGGACCAAUAUUAAGGAAUGUAAAGAUACCUUCUCCAAUGAGAAGUUCGACUUCCACAACAAUCCCAACAUCACCUUCUUCGUCUAUGUCAGCAACUUCACCUGGCCCAUAAAGAUACAGAUCGCCUUCUCUCAGCACAGUAACUUUAUGGACUUGGUACAGUUCUUUGUCACGUUUUUCAGUUGUUUCCUCUCCCUGCUCCUGGUGGCCGCUGUAGUUUGGAAGAUUAAGCAGAGUUGUUGGGCUUCGAGGAGAAGAGAGCAACUCAUCCGGGAGAUGCAGCAGAUGGCGAGCCGGCCCUUUGCCUCUGUCAACGUCGCUUUGGAAACAGAUGAGGAGCCGCCAGAUCUGAUUGGUGGGAGUGUAAAGACUGUUCCGAAGCCGAUCGCCUUGGAGCCAUGUUGUGGUAACAAAGCGGCGGUCCUUUCAAUAUUUGUACGGCUGCCACGUGGUUUAGGGGGCAUUCCACCUCCAGGACAAUCUGGUCUAGCCGUGGCCAGCGCUUUGGUGGAUAUCUCACAACAGAUGCCAUUAGUGUACAAAGAGAAAUCGGGAGUAGUGCGAAGCCGGAAGCACCAACCGCCCGCACAGCCCGGGACCUGUAUUUGACAUUGGACUUUCACACUUUAGGAGAUCUGAACACUGAUAAUGCUGGAGGAGUCAGAUAUUACCAUGAAGAGACUUGGCAGGGGUGUCACCGAUUCGUACGGGAUCUCUUCCCACAUCUGCAUGGUUCUGUUCACUUUUCCCGGAGGUUUUCCUUCUACUGACAUUCAUGAAUAUUAUUAUUUCUUUUUAUUUUUUUAUGAUUCAUCACAAGGACUGGAAGAUAAAGCUGAAUGAAUCUUAAGUUAUUUUCACUACGGUUUGACUUGAUGCAGCCCCACGCUCAGGGUCCAGGUCCAUAAUUUCCUUAAGUUUCUUAUUUUUUUAUUUUUUUUUUCUUACCGAUUCUGAAUAAAAACAGUUUAUGAUUCCCAGCAACUUUUAAAGAGACAUUCCCAUAAAAAUCGUCAGGAGCAACUCCGGGGACAAGUAUUAAUGAAGUGUUUACGUGGAUGGUGGACACCAUGUGACUCGUCUGCGCAGGGGUUCAUCGGCAGUCUACGGGCACCGACCAAUGCCAGUCUCGGUACCAGCGACACUUGAGGCCAGUCUGACCAGAUAGUCUCAUAGAUUUUCUUCUGUGGCACUAAGCAGUUUUUUCGGAUGGGCAUGGCUGAUUUAUGUAUACGUUGCCUAAUUUGAUAAGACAUUUUUACGUGCUGGAUUAGAAACUACAUGGGAAUACUUGAGGAUCCGUAUAGGGUAUGUUUGUGAACCCUUCAGAUUCUGUACUUGUAUCGACGUGCAGGAUAACCAUGACAAACUUUAUAAGCACACGUUCUUCCUGCAAACACUACUGGGGGUGGUAGGGGAGGGGAACCUCCUACACGUUUCGGUUUUCCGGAUGCCGCAAUCUCUUCCCCCCCCAGUUCACAGAGCUGGUAAUCACAGAGAAUGUCAUAGGGUUAAAGACGCAUCUUCAUUUCACACAUACGCAGCCUUCCAAUAACGGACUUGCUAUCAAAAGCAAUAGCUCCCCCCUGAGGACAUAUGUAUAUCUGUAUAGAAAAAAUUAAAUAAAAUGAUACAAACAAAAAAAAAAA